AUGCAAGCUGUACUGGUGACCAAGAAAAACAGUUUGGUCACACUGCUCAGCAAAAAGGAAGUGGAGGCGGAACUCCGACCGGCCGGCGAAGAUGGCGGGCGGCCCAAGCCCAAGGACAGAAACAAGCCGGCGGAGGACGCCUUCCAGCAGGACGUGGAGCACUACCUCACCACGGGCUACCUCCACAUCGCCGAAAGGAGAGGGCCAACAGGCAGCAUGUCGUCCAUGGAGGUUAACGUGGACCUGCUGGAGCAGAUGGACCUGAUGGACAUGUCGGACCACGAGGCGCUCGACGUCUUCCUGCACUCUGGCGGCGAAGACAACAGCGCCGCCUCGCCCGUCGCAGGACCAGAGUCAUUGAGCAGCGAGAUCAGCCUUCAGGUUCCCACUCAGGCAGAGUUGCGCCACAAGUUGUCGUCUUUGUCAUCGGCAUGCGCCCGCGACGAAGACGAAGAAGAGGAGGACGAUGAGGAGGAAGGUUCCGGGAGGACCACCAGGAGGCGGAGGAGGAAGAGGGCGCCUCCGCCGUCGUCCGCACCAGACGUUUGA